CUCUCGAGAGGCGUUCUGCCGGUCGGGUGGCCGUUGGGCACCUUGGGAGCUCGUGCACAAACAGUCGCACUCCGCUCCGUGCGGCUGUGCGAACACCGCGUCCCUUCUUCUGCUGCCGGUGUGGAACACAAACAGUAGCACCGAAUGACAUCACUGCUUCGCGCUGGAAAACACAAAAGAGGCUGGGUGACGCUGCGAAGGAUGCUGAAAAUGGGACAGAAACCGGCAGCGGAGAGCAGCACGCCGCCUUUCCCUUUUUCACGUCUUGGACCGCAACUGCGCUAGCUUUAAAUAAGAACACAUCGAUGUAUCUUUUAAUGACGCCUAAAAGCCGAGUCUUGCGGAUCUCAGGUGGCCAAACGGACAAAGAAUGUACUGGGGUGUUGGCUUUGCCUCUUCCCGAUCUUGUGUGGUGGAUCUGAGCAGGAAUCAGAGCUUCUCCUUCGGGCUGUGCAGUGGCUCGGAUGAGCACUAUUCCUUUUACGGCUACAUCGUCACUUUCCCCUUGCAAGACUGCAGCAGCAUCAUGUCUGGCCUCGGGUCGGAUUCAUGGUGGAAGAAGACCUUGUAUCUAACGGGAGGAGCGCUGCUGGCUGCGGCUGCCUACCUUCUGCAUGAGCUGCUAGCGGUCAGAAAGGAGCAAGAGGUGGACUCACAAGAUGCAAUUAUUCUUCACCAGUUCUCAAGACCGAAAAAUGGAGUUCCCAGCUUGUCACCAUUUUGUCUGAAGAUGGAAACGUAUUUAAGAAUGGUGGAUUUACCUUACCAGAAUUAUUUUGAUGGAAAACUUUCUCCACAAGGAAAGAUGCCUUGGAUUGAAUACAAUCAUGAAAAAGUAUCAGGCACUGAAUUCAUUAUUGAUUUUUUAGAAGAGAAACUUGGAGUUAACUUAAAUAAAAACCUCAAUGCUCAUGAAAAAGCAGUGUGUAGAGCUGUUACUAAAAUGGUAGAGGAACACUUCUAUUGGACCAUUGCCUACUGCCAAUGGGUUGACAAUCUUCAUCAGACACAGAAGAUGCUGUCCUUGACCGGCCCUCUUAGUGAUGUUCUGAAGUGGAUUCUCAGUCACCUCACCAGAGGUAUUGUGAAAAGAGAAAUGUAUGGUCAUGGAAUAGGUCGUUUUUCCCAGGAUGAAAUCUAUGCACUGAUGGAAAAAGAUAUGCGAACUCUAGCAACUCUGUUAGGAGACAAAAAGUAUAUAAUGGGACCAAAGCUAUCCAGUGUAGAUGCCACUGUUUUUGGGCACCUAGCUCAGGCUAUGUGGACUCUGCCUGGGACAAGGCCAGAGCAGCUCAUUAAAGGUGAGCUGAUCAAUCUUGCUAUGUACUGUGAGAGAAUAAGACGGAAAUUCUGGCCUGAAUGGUGUGAAGAUUUUGAUGACCUCAUAUUUGAGUACGAUGAAACAAGUGAAGACAGCCUGACACCAACACAACUACAUCAGUAUGGGUUGUAUUCUCGAACAGAGACGUUUGAAGAAGAAGUAACUGAAAACAGUUUUUCCUGUUCGCAGACCCCUGAUACAGACUACACUGGCCAUUCACUCUUUGACUCUGAUGUGGAAAUGGAAGAGUUUACAGAUCAUGAGCAAUGCAAAUGCUGACUGAAAAAUAAUAAAACAAACUUCACUACAGUAAAUCAAUUUCUUAAUGCUCCUUCAUCUACAGUUCAGAAGAUAUGUUUUCCAAAUGUUGGUGCUCACUCUCUGAAGAUGUGAAAUUGGAUCAUUAUUGUAAAUGGAUGUUUUUCUCUUAUUCAAAGAAUUUUAAAGGUAUAACAAAGAAUUCAAGAUAAAGAGUAGCCAAUGCAAUCCUUCCAUUUUACCUCCUAAAUUCACUUAGCACCAUUUUUAUAUAUUGUGUGCACAAUCAGGUUCAAUUAUGCUUUAUACAGGACCAAUUUCAUCAAUCUGGUAUGGGGAUGGUGGUGAUUCUGCGUUGUUAAAAAAUAUCUUUUUGACCUUCUUGUUUUGCAUUUAUGACAGUGCUGCCAAAUGUGCUUGUUUUCAGCAUUCCUUACACAAGCCUCUGAAAUUUGUAAGUAAUAUAAAGGUUUGUGGGAGAAACCCAUGGUGCACCUAGAGUAUUGUAUGUACUUCUGAAUAUGACUUCAAGUGAUUCUUAUGAAAAAGAAGCAAACUUUUUUUGGCUAUGUACUUAAAGUAAUGUUUGUGUGUAAAAUCUUUAACUAUUUAAUAGCCAAUACUUUUUAGAGACACAUCUGUAUCUCCAUUAUAUAAAACUUGAGGAUGGAAUUAGUGAAAUUUUAGAAACAGAAAAUAAAGCAAAGAUAAUAAAGGAAGCAUUUAAGUGGUCCUUCCUUUGUAUAUUACAAUAUGUAGGCCAUAUUUCUAUGUAAGUGGUUGGUUACUUACAGAUCAGUUGAUAUGUUGUAAGACUUGAAAGUCAUUUAGAAGUGGAAAAAGCAUGGACACAGAGUGUGGGAAAUUAAUACUGAAGGAAAAUGCUGUUAUUGAUUUAAGGUACAUUUUUGACUGCAAAUUGCUUCAUAUUAAUUGGCAAUAUAUGAAUUGAAAUUCGUGUGCAUCUUCAGAUGUUGUCAGAACUAAGUUAGCUCAGGUAGCCUCUCUUGCAUACAGGACAUGGCUUUUAAUCAGCGAAGAAUAAUUUAAGUAAUAUUCUCAUAUACAGUCGGUGUGUUGUCUAACCUGAAGUUUUGUUAAAUUAAACAGCAUUUAUGCUUGAAAAAUGCCGGUUGUGUAGGAUCACCUGGCAAUGUAGCAUUUUAGUAUUGCUAAUCCUAUCGAAGACUCCUGCACAGUUGAAAUCAUGCUUCAUAUACAAAACUAAAAAAAUCUAAGAGACGGGAGGGUUAGUAGUUCUUUGUAAAUGAAUGGAAAAAUGCAUUUUCUGUCUUGCAAAUGAGCACCAUCCAUCUGUAACUACCUAUUUCAAUUCACUCUCAGAGAGUGUGAGCGCAUCAUAAUAAGCACUACUCUUUGAAUGGAGCAUCCAGUUAAAAACCCUAAUGUAAAAAUACCUAGCCUUUGAUUAAUUAACCUUGUUUAACUGAAACGGCACUAAUAUAUAUUCGGGAAUGAUAUUUCAUAUAUUUUCAAUUUUGGCUUACUCCAAUUCAUGAUCUUGGAAAGCUAAAGGAAGUGUAAAGUUGUAUGAAAUAUCAAUCAAUCAUGUUUCAGAACAGGGUUUUUGUUCUUUUUUAAGCGCUUCAAUUGUGCAUUUUUUCAGGAUUUAAUUUAGAACAAAAUAUAAGCUAUGAGGGCUAUUGAACAGUUUUGUGAAGUAGUAUACAUUAUAUAGAAAAUGUUAUCCUUAUUAUUGACACAAUUAGUGAAAUCUGCCACUAUCCAUAAAGCAAAUAAGAAUAUUUCAUACUUUCCCACAUAAAUUCAACAAUAGUUUCAGGUUUCAGGACAUAAACGAACUAUGUCACUAUAAAGAACAAUAUUCACAUGUAGUGACAGAAAUUCAGAAUUUGUUAAAUAUUAAAAAGUGUAAGUGACAAGACAUUUUAGUGCAUAUAUUCCCAUUAUAAGCUGAAAAUACAUCUAAAGCAUAAUGCAAAAUAUAGUCUAAAAUACACCACACUACAAUCAUUAAAUUAUGGAUAUUUGUUUCAUUAAUUUGUUUGAAUCUGAUAGAAAAAUAAAAAUUGGUUAAGAAAAUUGCCAAGUAACACAGACAACCAUAGCCUUUUAUGUAUAAAGAGCAGUUGAUUAGCCUGGAUGUGAGACAUAAAUGUAACGUUCUCCAGCUGGGAUCCAGAGGACUAGAGCUUAUCCAAGCAGCACUGGAUGUGAGAAACCUUUCACUCAUACAAGGUCAGUUUAAAGUCUGUAUUUGAACAUAUGUUUUUGGGAUGCGGGAGAUAAAAGGAAUAAUGUGAAAUAUCACAAAGGAAAAAGAGCACUGCUAGUCUAACUUAAAAAGUUCCAAAGUGUAUAAACUCUUCUUCAUUUAUAUUUAAUUAUAUUUAUUUUUUCAUUUAUUUCCUAAAUCCAUAAUAUUAUAGUGGCAUGCAACACAAUCAAACAAAUCAUAAUAACAUAACAAAUACAACCAAUUACUUAAAAAUUCAUAUAGAAAAAAACAAAGGAAAACCAGAAAUACAAAGGGGAAAACUAAAGAAUUAUUAUAUUCACAACACCUUUAAUUUGUAGGGAUGCUAUCCAAAUUCAGGGGAAAAAAGGGAAAAUUGAGAUAAAAUAAAACAAAAGAUCAGUUAUGGUUCUUUGUUGUCUAAAAUGGAGAAAAGAGAUUUUUGUUUGAAAUAUUGUGAGUAUAAAUUGAAAGCUGUUCAUGCUAUGCUUUAGUAUGAUAACAUACAGUGAACUCAGUGAGUUAUUUCGUAUUUUUAUAAGAAUUAAGUCCUCUAAUAUAAAACGCCAUCUAAAAAUCAGUUAAAAAGCAAAAAAGGCAUAAGAAAUUCUUAAAAUGGAAAUAUAUAAAAAAUAUAUACAAUUUACCAUAAUAACAUUUAAUCUUUACCAAAAAGAGCAUCUUUAUUAAAGUAUGUACGAUGUAUGUUUUUCAUUAGUCUGCAUAUCAGAAAGAAAGCAAAACCUAUUGCUUGUUUGCUAAGAAAUCAGUUAUUCAAAAAUCAAACAUUUGAUCUUUUUUAUUACAAAGAAGUGCAUGCAUGGUGCAGCAUACAAAAGUAUAGAAAUUUUGACUACUAAAAACUUUGGAUUUUGAAUGUAUCAUAUUCAUAACAAAAUACUUGAAAAAUAAGAAAAAAAGAUUUUUUAAAUACCCUUUCAGUGUCAUUGACAGUCUUUGUUCAGCGUACUGUUAGUCUUUUGUUUUAUAAAAGUUGUGCUUUGGAAUACAAGUUGAUAUUCUCCACCUCAGUAACCACCUCUGUGUGCAACUUUUGUUGUUCUUUCAUUGCCCAUUCUGUAAAAUGGUUAAUGUCUUGUUUAAUGCCUUUUAUUUGUUCAGACAUGGUCUAUGACAUUUUUACACAAUGUUUUACACCAUCUGACGUAUGGUGAAUGAGAUAUCUGUGGUUUUAUGUACACUUCAUCAAAACCUGUUUGGAAUUAUUUCUUGUUAUGUGGCAAGAUUGCAUAAACUUUACCAAAAUAAUUUUAUUGACAUACAGUACAUUCAGUAAGUGGAGGCACAGGAAAAAAAUAUAACUUUUUAUGUUCAGAAUUUUAAAUUUGUCACUGUGUGACUAGGAGAUGUACAGCUGGUUGAAUUAAUUUAAAUUAUAUGAAGCUUUCACUUUAGUUCUAAAGUUAUAAAGGCUACUGGAUUUUGAUGUAUAUUCAAUAGCCAAUUAUUUUAUUGUACUUAAAAUUCCAAAAUGUGCAUGAUCAGUAUAAAAACAAAUUAUGUUGAAAUACUGUAUAUUGAAUGUGGAGGGCCCAGUUCUUUUAUAAAUUUCAAAAUAUG